AGAAGAAAUCAGGAGUCAAUUCAGAGAUGAAGAACAUAAUACAGGAGUGGCUAUUGAUAUAUUCAAGACUCAUCAUUCACUCCUCUCUCAGUCUCUCUCUGAUCCUGUCAGUGUAGCUACUAUGCUUCAAAGAGAGGGUGUCAUAACAGGAAAAGUAUUGGCUAGUGUAAAAUCAGCUAGGUCCUCUGUUCCUAAUCAACGUGAAGUCCUGUUAGCUGCCAUUAGAGAAGUUAUUCAAAACAAGUAUAGUUUACUACAAACAUUUGCUAGUGUGUUGUGCAAGUUCACUGGUAAUGCGAAGCUAGGAACAGCUAUACAAAGAGACUAUGAUAAGCAGAUUUCUAAUGAUGAAUUUGUUAAUGUUACAAUUGAAGAAGAAGUUGAAAUUCCUGUUCGAAAGAGUAAAUCACGAGAAUUUAGUUCAAUAAGAACUUCACUUGGAAGGAUGCUGUAUAAAGUGCACAAAGCUAUAUUGAAGAAGCCUCCAUUGAUAGAGGACAUUAAAUUGCUAAUUAUGUCAUGCAAUUUUGAUUUAAAGGCAAAGCUAAAAAAUUGUUCAGACAUAUCUGAUGUAUUAGAUGUAGUUAAAGGAGAGUGUUCAUUGACUGAUAUUGAACUGUUAGAAACUGUAGUUGAAGAAUUUGAAGUCACUGAAGCUAAGGAAUACAUUGAACAAUACAAGACAACACUGGAGGAGUUCUGUAAAUCAAUUUCAAUUGAUCUUU